GAAAUAAUGAAAUUUGUCUGGCAUAAAUUAGAAAUGCACAGUAAAGAUCAGCAGGUUGCUAGGCCCCCUGCGCGGUUGUAGCUUGAUGACGACCCAAAGCUCAACAUCUCGUGCCUCAAAGACAACCGCGGCUUACCGACAGCAACAACACUUCUCCAAAAGCAUAUGCCAGCUCGAUGAAACCAAGUCUCAGGCUUCCAGUAGUGCAGCUAUCACUUCGCUCUUUGGAUUGCUUCAAGAGUUCCCUGAAAGGUAGCUCUUAAAUCCAUGAAAUCCCAAUAGCACAGAGCUCGAAGCCCGAUCGCGAU